AUGGUCUUGUUCUGUGCUUUGUUUCUUCAAGCCCUGAAACCACUGGAAACAGUAAUACAAGAAACUAUUGACUACACCCGCCAGCGGAAGGUGUUUGGCCAGCCUGUCCUGCACAACCAAAUCGUGCAUUUCCGCCUGGCCGAGAUGGCCACUGAAGUGGAGCUGCUGCGCUCGCUGCUGCACCGUGCCGUGGGUCUCUAUAUAGAAGGCAAUGAUGUGACAAAAUUUGCUUCCAUGGCUAAGCUGAAGGCAGGUCGUCUGACCCGCGAAGUGACUGACAGCUGUCUCCAGUUUUGGGGAGGAAUGGGAUUCACCAGUGAAGUUCUGGUGAGCAGGUUUUACAGAGACUUGCGAUUGAUAUCAAUAGGAGGUGGCACAGAUGAGACCAUGCUUUCCAUCAUAUGCAAAUACAUGGAAAUACUUCCAAGAAAGUGACGCAUUUCCACUCUUCCUUGAAAAUUAAGAAAGCGACAGCAUGACUUGUACUGCACACUGAAGGUGACACGCAGCCAGUACGUUUCAAGAAGAAAACAGAUCACUAAUUUGCCAUCAAAAUGCACAUCAAGGUCUUUCACCAUUACCAUUCUGUGUUCUCCAGUGCCAAUUUUUUGUUGAUAUGAAACACUCUGAAAAGUUGCAGCCUCCUGCAUUCCAUUGUUUCAGUGGGCUACUUAGGUUUUCCAAUGACCCAUGCUAAGCAUACAGAAAAAAUGAGUUCUUUAAUCAAGCUUUACCUACACUUUAGAGAAUCUAAAGCUGCUAAUUAAGAAACAGAACUUCCAUAUGAAUACAGCUAUGAUUUCAUAAGCAGCUUAAUCUAAGUUCAGUACACAGCUUUGCUUUCAAGAUCAAUAAUUAAGGCACAAAUGACUCCCUGCCACAACCAAACCCAAGAACAGUGCCUUUCCUCUCAAUUACAGGUACCUUCCCUCUUUCACUUUUAGCAAGCAAUCAUCAAAGUGAGCUGUCCUCUUUACCAAAUCCAUAUCAAUUUGUACUACACACUGUCAUAGAUUUUUGGUGAUGGGAAUAGACUUUGGUUUUUGCUACAGAAUUCUGCAAACAACUGUUUAAUUGUGUCUGAAGCUUUUGGAGGCCUGAACUUCAGCAGCAAUGUACCAUCUUUUGUGCUUAAUUAUUAAAGAAAAAUAUUAAAAAUAAACAUGUUAAUAUGAAAGCUGUGCAUAAUUACUUGAACUUACCUAAA